UGAGGAGGAAGAAGAAGAAGAAGAAGAAGAAGUAACAUUGCAGCUUUACUUCAAAUUUUUAUUCCAGUUAUUAAUUAUUUACACGUGUUCUUAUUUCGUCAUUUUGGCCCCAAAAAAAACUUUGACAUCAUGCAUUCGCGAAUUUUUACUCUUUUAAUGCUUUUCACGGCCAUCACUCAAAUACUCUGUGAGGACAACCUGAGAGAAGAGCAGGACUUGUGGACAAACAUCAACCCUGUGCAGCCCGGCUGGUCCUCCAGAGACCCCUUCAGGGAGAUCCUGCUGAGGAUGACCCGGAAGCCGCGGCCGCAUCAGUUUGUGGGUCUGAUGGGCAAACGCUCCAUGGCAGCUGCACAGAUUCCACACAAAAGGCACAAAGUCAACUCUUUUGUGGGGCUGAUGGGCAAGAGGAGCCAAGAGGACGCAGGUUCCUACGAUUGGAGCGCGGAACAAACGUACGACGCUCGCCGCUGAAGUUGUCACCUCGACGUCUCUCACCUGUGAAAAGUGUUUUAUUUUUUGCUGUUUGUCCAAUAAAAUCUUGUGUUUACACCCGGGA